AUGUUUCAGUUAUUGCGGCAAUGGGGGGCAAAAGCGGAUGAUGCUGACGACUCUGGUCGCCAUCCAUUGCAUUAUGCAGCAGCAAGAGGACGUAUUGAUUUUAUCCAAGAAGUUGUCGCAAUAGUCCCAAACUCUCUUUCCGCUCUCGAUCGUCAUCUUCGCAGUCCUCUCCACGUCGCCUCACUAAGAGGUUUCCCUGAUGUUGUUAAAUUAUUCGCUAAGGAGGAUCCCACUGGUCUCACACGAAGAGACAUAUGGGAUUUAGACAGUUACACAUUAGCUGUAACAGCAGGCCACUCAGUUACUGCUCGGGUUAUCAAGGAGCUCCUUCAAGAGAGAGGAGUCGAAGUAGCAGAAGUUCAAAAUAGGAGUUUGUCUCUCACAGUUCCAACUAUCCAACUAGAACUGUCGCCAUUAGAGCUCACAGUGCUCGACGUUUUGGUGACUGGUCUUCACGAAGUGGAACGGGAACAGCUGUCUCGCUGCAUCCGUCGUCUUGGGUCAGAAAUGUGUCUUUCGCUUUAUAGAACAACGAUGGAGAUUCAGGCAAAAGGAGGAAUUCCAACAAAAGAUCGAUCUCGAGGGAAGACAGCUGGCGGCGUUUUCUUGGGAUUGAUUCAAGAGAAAGUUCGUAAUGGUGAAAUUCAUAAAGAUCAUUGGACUUACAUUCGCGCUGUGAGUCUCUACAGAGCAAAAUAUUGA